UUCAGUAUUACAUUUUAGGGAAGCGCCAAAAAUACCCCAACUUACCUUCACGAAAUAUGAUGUCCAGGGUGGCUCAUGGCAUUGUUUCAAAUAUGCGGUCAAUACUUCCGAGGCUCGAGGCUUCAACAAAAGGCGGCUCCGGUUUGAUUGGAAGAAAAGGUGCCCAGCUGACUGAACACUUCGAAUUGGACGAACCAGUGGCCAACGAAGAGCUGCUUCAGUACACACCCGGCUCGCCGGAGCGCAAGGAACUGGAGUCUGCAUUACUGGGGGUGCUCAACCGUGUGAAGCACAUUCCCAUCGUAAUCAACGGUCAGGAGUUUUCCGGGGAUCAUGAACUACAACAGGUGCCUCCCUUCGAUCUGUGCCAGCCCAUAGCCCGAUAUAGCCACGCCCACCGCGUGCUAAUUCAGUCCGCAAUAGAGAAGAGCGUGGAGGCGCAAGAGGCUUGGGACAAGACCAAGUUGAGCGAUCGAAUCAAAAUCUGGGAACGGGCUGCCGAACUAAUUUCCGAACAGUAUCGCUAUAAGAUAAUUGCAGCCACGAUGAUCGGCCAGGGGAAGACCCUGCGCCAGGCGGAGAUGGAUGUGGCUGAACUGGUGGACUUUAUGCGAUUCACUCCAGCGUUCUUGAGGGAUUUGGCGAACUAUGAACCUGUUAACGAUUGCCCUGACUCCUGCAAGAAUACAAUGCGGCUGAGAGGACUAACAGGAUUUGUGGCUGCCAUCAGUCCCUUCAACUAUACCGGCAUAGCUGCCAACUUGGUGUACACUCCAGCUUUGAUGGGCAAUGCAGUGUUGUGGAAACCCUCAGACUCGGCGAUCCUUUCCAACUGGUACGUUUUCAAAGCGAUGUUGGAAGCGGGAGUCCCCGAGGGCGUGGUCAAUUUUGUGCCCGCCGAAGAGAAGAACUUCGCUAAUGUCGUGACCCAACAUCCCAAGCUGGCGGGUAUUAGUUUCACGGGCACUUCAUCUGUGCUGAAAGUAUUGUGGCAACUGGUGGCCCAGAACAUCAAUCAGUAUGAGAACUAUCCGCGCUUGAUAGGCGAGGGCGGCGGCAAGAAUUUCCACUUCGUCCACCCGUCAGCCGAACCUGAGACGGCCGUAGCCUGUACUAUUCGGGCAGCUUUCGAGUACGCUGGUCAAAAGUGCUCCUCCUGCUCGAUGCUGUAUGUGCCGGAGUCCCUGUGGGAGGAGAAGAUCAAGGAGCCCUUGUUGCAGAUCACUUCGUCAUUGUACGUGGGCCAAGCCACCUAUUGUGACUGCUUUUGCUCGGCAGUGAUCAAUCGGCGAGCUUACGACCGCAUCUUCAUGUGGCUCAAGUACAUUUCACAGUGCCCCAAUUGCCACAUCUUGACCGGUGGCAAAUGCGACAAGAAGAGAGGCUACUUUGUGGACCCCACAGUGGUGCAGGUUAUGGAUCUGGACAACCUCAUUUGCAAGGAGGAACUUCUGGGCCCCAUACUGGGCGUCUAUGUUUACCCUGACCACAAACUCGAGGAGACAAUGAGCAAGGUGGCCGAGAUAAACCACGGCCUGAUAGGAUCCGUGUUUGCACAGGAUACAAACUUCAUCCGGGAGGCCUUCGAAGCGUUCAGAUUCAAUGUGGGUAAUCUGAAUGUCAAUGACAAAUCGACCUGCUCCAGGGUGGGUCAGCAGCCCUUCGGAGCGGGUCACGUGACCGGAACCAGUGACAAGUUGGGCAGUCCGCACUCACUUCUGCGGUGGACGUCGCCCCAGGUGAUCAAGGAGUCGUACAAGCCACACGUGAACGUCUAUUAUCCUUACAUGCAGGUCAGCGAGCAGUGGAAGUCUAAUAGUUCUAAAAAAGAUGAUAUUGUCCAUAAGGAACCUUCAGCCUUGGAGGAGGAGGACAAGCCAGUUUCAUAAAGCGGGGUAAUUGAUAAUUUCGAAUCCGGCGAGUAAGUUUAAAAUUUUUGUGCAAAAAAGAUAAUAAAGUUCUUAGGGACAGUUUUAAAAACAAA